AUGCACAAGAUCAGCAACAACUUCAGUCGGAUGACUCCAGCGGCUUUUGGCAUCUCCAGAUUUCAUCAAGAGAUACCUCAACAGCCGCAACCAUUGAGACGCCCACCCCCUUCGUCGAGCGUGGUCCCGCCUGGUCAUUCCGACUAUUCCAUCAUCAACCUCUCCUUCAAUGUACCCUUCGCAUCCAGCUUGCCAGGACCUGAACCUGACGAUGUCCUUCAUGCAAGUCCAGGUGCCGUUCAAAGGUGGACGUUUCCUGUGGGCACGGCUGAAGGCACUCCUAUAUACAAGCUUCCUGUCCAUGUACAAAAUGAAGAGAGGUUGCGCAAUCUGUGCCAGUAUAUUGGUGAUUCCAGUGGCGGUCGAAUCGAAGCCUUGGUCACUUCUUCCGAGUCCAAGACAUCUCAGGCAAUGCACUCCAAAGCUCAAGGGCUGAUUACGAACGUAUGCAUAUCUGGAGACCACGAUGUGGUGCACAAGAUGCGGGCUAAAGUGCUCAAUGAAACACCGAUUAUGAUGAAAUCUGCUGUCGUCGACAUCGAUCCGAAUCUCAUUCUCGAUCCUGCCGAAACGUCUAUCAGGUCCAGCGUGCUUAGCCACAUUGAUUUGUGCGCCAAGUAUACCGGCACUGAUAUAUUCCUUCUGAGAUCUCGUGCGGAAGCGAACCCUCAGCCCAACACUCAGCCUUUCGUGAACGCGGUCGAUAGUGGCUUGGAUCAGCGAUACAGGGUAAAUAUAUUUGGUGACACAGAAAGCGUUGAGCAUGCGAAGACCAGGACGCUGAUGAUGAUUGAUCAGAUCCUCAAGCACAAGAUUGAUGUUAUCAAGCUGGACUUGACCAUGCACACCUUGGUGUCCGGUCGUACAGGCAAGAAUAUCAAGCUGAUUGAGUCUGCAACCAAGACGGCCAUCUAUUUUCCCCCUCCUUUUCCAGGCGUCUUCGGUUACGUUCCGCCCGGCGCAACGAGAAGAGCUCCUGACGAGAUCUUCGUCACGGGCGAAACACAAGAACGCAUCAACCACGCCAAACAGAAGCUUCGCGAACUGGUCAUGAGUAUCAAGCUGUUCUCGAGAGAUGUGAUGGUCUCUGCUUCGAAAGUUGACAGCAUACUACUUGAUCGUCUUGACAAAGUCCGGAAGAUCAUGGAGGCUAAUGCUUCUCAAGUAUUGUUUCCACAACUUGCAAGCCAAAGGGGUCUCGUACGUGUGCAAGGCACCGACGUCCUUCACGUCGAACGUACUGUCAAGGAGAUUAUGACUCUUGCCGGCCAGUUCUAUAGUGCAUCCUGGUGGCUUAUGGUGACCGACCCAGCUCAGACACCUAGCUUACGGCCACCUUCUGCAAGUGAGAUUCGCGUUAUGCUUAGCGACAUUUGUACGAAUUCCGGAGCUGACCUGAGCUUCGACAAAAUGAAUUUUGCCAUUAAUGGUUCUGACGACGCAGUCAAGGACGCUAUGAUGGUGAUCAACCAAAUCCCAUUCGUCAAGAGGUACCCUUACCAGAUCAGGGUGAAAAUUGAACUGGCCAACGAGCACAAGGAGUUUGUGAGUGGCAAAAAGAACGGGAAAAUAAACAAGAUCAUGGGUCAGAGCAACGUGCAGAUCAUUUUCGACGGCUUCAACGAGUACAACUUCUACAUCGAUGUAGUGGGCAAUCAAUACGAAGCCACCAAGAACGGACUCGACCUCGUCGAGCAAGAGAUGCCGGCUUCGAUAUCCUUUCACGUGCCUGAUCAGUAUCACAAGCGCAUCAUUGGCAUUGGUGGCCAACACAUUCAGCGCAUCAUGAAAAAAUACUCGGUCUUUGUGAAGUUUUCUAACGCUAUGGACCGCGGUGGCGUCGGCAAAGACGACGAGGACGUCAAAAUCGACAACGUGAUAUGCCGGACACCAGCACGUAACGCGCAGAGCCUCGACGCUGUGAAACAAGAGAUCAUGGAUAUGGUUGAGAAAGUCGAUGCCGAGUUUGUAUCUGAAACCGUCGUGAUCAACAGACUCUAUCACCGAGAGCUCAUUUCCCGCAUGUCUGAGAUCGAAGGACUGGAAAAGAAGUGGAACUGCAAAGUCGAUUUCCCAAGCACAGAACAAGCCAGCGACAUAGUCACGAUCUCGGGACCCGAAUAUCAAGUGCCUCAAGCAGUAGAUGCCUUUCUUGGCAUGGUCCCGGAAAGUCACGAGAUUGCAUUUCAGAAAUCAGGAUCUCUCGAGCAAUUUUUUGACUCCAACGAGUUCAGCAACGAUUUACGACAUAAGAUGCGCAGUCAAUACGAGGUCGACGUCCACCUUAACCCAGUUUUUGGAAGCCUGCCCAAGUCAGCAACUGCUUCGGUUGAGCGCAUUGUAACAGCAACAGAAGGACGACUGGUAUUGACUUACACCAGAAACAAUGCCGGAGGACUCAAAGAUGCCAUCGACUUUCUCAUAUCACAACUCGUUCCUCAUGGUCUCGAGGCUUCUACUGUUAAGGGUGCUAUUGCCAGACCCAAGUCCGACUCCUUCGAGGAUUCGCUACCGUUCUUCGAAUCAAAGUUACUGCAAAACGCACCCUCGCUACACCUUAAUGAUUCCCCGACACGAUCGCUCUUCCACGAUGGGGAUGUAACACCUGUAUCAGAGAGGUCAUCAAUUUUCGACAAACUACGGAAGCCUGGAAGCAUCGGCUCAUUCUCAUCUUUCAUGAGCCGAAAGAACACUAACAACACACCCGGUAACUUCUACAGAUACCCUUCUUCUAAUGCGAGCAAGGCUUCUCUUAUCUCUUUAGAGAGUCGUGAAAGCGGGUAUAGGAAUUUCUGGAACGACUCUGGAGUCAACCUUCCUGAAGAGGACGCGGCAUCAAUUUCUUCAAAGAAUGGCGGCUGGCCUGCCAGAUACUCUGAGAACAAAUUUCCAUUUGGGACAAACACGAGCACACCAGGAGACAAGACGCCACGUCACGAACCGAGAGCCAGUUUUGAUUCAGGACGUCCACCUACCUCUCAUUCGUUCUCGAACCUCCCCGCGCCCAUGCAAGUCCCGGCAUCGCAUGUUCAACAGAACAACUUGUUUCCUUACAACAACACUAACAACAAAAAAGUUCACCACAAUGAGGUGGUUGGAUCGGCACCAAAUUUACAUUUGCCUUUACGAUGA